AUGGUACGCGAGAAGCCCGGUUCAGCGCCUUGCUGUAUGGACGCGGGCUGGUACCAGGGCAGUGUAAAAGUGGUGGCCUGCGAUAAUCAGCGAUCAGCUGACCUAUAUAAACAGGCGGUAGCUCAGCUCGGAGCAGUCUACGAAGGGGCGAACAUAGUCGCACUAGAUUGGUGUGACGUCCCCAGUAGACCGCGAGCCAGAAUUUGGCUCCCAGCAGCAAUCGCAUCACCGGAGGACAUCCUCUUUAUGUUGCAAGAAUGCAACCCACAUCUCCCCACAAAAGACUGGAAAGUCGUUAAGGUGGAGGAGCACGAAGGAGACGUAAACCAAGCGAUUGUGGUACUGAACAAGGAGUCUGUCGCUCCCAUAGAGGCUGCUCGGGGAACGCUUAAAUAUGGGUUCAGUGCCAUACACAUUAAAAUCUAUAAAGGGGACUCUAAUUCCUCUGGAAGUCCUGCCGGCAACCCAGCCGAGCAGGUGCUUGCGGAGGAAGUGGAGGCCCCUGGUGUGCCGGAGGACGGCUAUUCAACCGACUCGUCGCUAAGCAGAGAGAUGCGAGCGAUGGGACCGGCAAUCGACGAAGUGGAGCUGAGCGAUUCGGAGGCCGACGUUACUGUGGUGGAGGUUGCAGCUGGGGAUGUCGCUAAGACUCCUGCAGAUCAACCUACAUCACAGUAAAGCAGCGUCCGCUGCUCUUUUGUUUCGCCUGGCCAAAGGCGAAGCCGACGUGGUCUUAGUUCAGGAACCCUGGGUAGCAGGAGGCAGGGUUGCUGGACUGGGAACAAAAGACUACAAGCUUAUGCUUGACCCCAAACAAGCAACGGAGACAACACAGCAAUAAGCCUGGAGCUGCAAAGCGGCUCUUUUAGGAUGCUAUCGGCCUACAUGGCUUCCGAAAAGGUAGACCCCCAGACGCGCUAGUCAGAGGACUGGU